GUGCUGGACAAGCUAGACGAAGCUUCCGACGCACUGAAGCACAAAUCUUAUGAAAAAGCUAAGGCUGCUUUGGAGUCAGGUACGGAAUUAGUGUCCAAGCGUGUUAAAGCAAUAAAGCUAGCCGACAAGAGCGAGUUUGGAUGGGCGACGGUCAAUGAGUAUCUAUCCGACGAACUCGCCUCUGACUCAGAUGAUGAGAAGAGAAUUUACCGGGCCGAGAGGAGAGCUGAGAGAAAGGUCACUAAGGAAAAACGUCGUCGUGCCCGUUCUGGCGACAAAGGGAGUGGCUCCGCCUCUACUUCUCGGGCGACUUCGUCAAGAUACGCAUCCAGCGAUUUGGUUUCACGCCCGCAGGCUAGACCAGCGCGUCGUUUGGGCCCCUGUUUUAAGAUAAGUACCCAGCACUUUUUCGCUUUAUUAUCUUUGUUUCUUUCUUCGUCGAUUAUGGCGUUACCCCACAGACCAUAA